AUGUCCGACUACGACCUGGGAGACUACCGUCGCGAGGUAACAACCGCCAACGAAGAUGCCCAAACUUGGUUCAGCCGCGGUCUAAUCUGGGCCUACGCCUUCAACCACGAAGAGUCUGCCCGCUGCUUCGAGAAUGUCAUCACCGCCGACCCAACAUGCGCAAUGGGAUACUGGGGUCUAGCCUUCGCCCUAGGUCCUAAUUACAACAAGCCCUGGCAACUCUUCGACGGGGAAGAUCUGGCUGCUACGACAACGCGCGCGCAUCGUGCUGUCCUCGACGCGAAGAAAUAUGCUCCCGCCGCGUCGGCUUUGGAGGGUGCGCUCAUUGAUGCGUUGCUUUGUCGGUAUCCGCAGGAAUUGCCUGUUGAGGAUUGUUCCGUUUGGAAUGCGGCGUAUGCCGAUGCUAUUACUGUUGUUUAUAAUGAGUAUCCGGACGACUAUGAUGUUACGGCAUUGUACUGCGACGCGCUGAUGAAUCUGACGCCAUGGAGUUUGUGGGAUUUGAAAACGGGCCAGCCGGCACCAGAAGCGAAGACGAUGCAGGUGAAGAGAGCGCUAGAUCGCGUUCUGGCUCAAGAUGAUGCGCUUAAUCAUCCUGGUUUGUUGCAUUUGUACAUUCAUCUCAUGGAGAUGUCUGGGACGCCGGAGAUUGCGCUGCCUAUUGCCGAUUGUUUGCGGGGGCUUGUUCCUGAUGCUGGCCAUUUGGAACAUAUGCCUACGCACAUUGAUAUCUUGUGUGGUGAUUAUCGUCGUGCUAUCGUGUCUAAUUCUUCGGCUAUUCGUGCUGAUGAGAAAUACCUCGCGAGGCAGCCGACGAGUCAUUUUUAUAACCUUUAUCGCGCCCAUGAUUAUCAUUUUAGGAUGUAUGCUGCUAUGUUGGGUGGACAAUCGAAGAUUGCGCUCGAGACGGGCGCUGAGCUGGCGGGGGUUUUGACUGAGCAAAUUUUGCGCAUUGAGCUACCACCCAUGGCGGACUGGUUGGAAGGAUUCGUGGCAAUGCAAAUGCAUGGCUUGAUUCGUUUCGGUCGCUGGGAAGAUAUAAUUGCUCUGGGGCUACCAACUGAUCCAAGCCUCUACUGCGUCACCACAGCCAUGAUGCACUACGCCAAAGGUGUCGCAUUCGCAGCCACCGGAAAAGUCCCAGAAGCAGAAAAAGAGCGCACACUAUUCCAGCAAUCAAAGAAAGUAGUGCCCGACUCGCGCAUGCUCUUUAACAACCGCUGCAUUGAUAUCCUCGGCGUCGGGGAGGCGAUGCUGGAUGGCGAGAUAGCAUAUCGACGCGGUGAACAUGAGACAGCGUUCAAGCACCUGCGCACGGCGGUUGAUCGAGAUGAUUCGCUGCCAUAUGAUGAACCUUGGGGCUGGAUGCAGCCGACCAGACAUGCGCUUGGUGCGUUGUUACUUGAACAGGGGCGCGUGGACGAGGCGGUAGCAGUCUAUGCUGCGGAUUUGGGUAUUGAACCUACGUUACCUCGGGCUCUGCGUCAUCCCAAUAAUGUUUGGGCUUCACAUGGGUAUCAUGAGUGUUUGGUUAAGCUGGGUCGGAAGACUGAGGCGAGGGUUUUUGCGUCUCAGUUGAAGAUUCAGUUGGCUAGGGCAGAUGUGCCUAUCAAGUCUUCUUGCUUUUGUCGGCUUGAGACUGCUUGA